AUGUCUUCUCAAACUGAAACCGAAUACACACCACGAGCAUGGCUCGUAAUUUUCGGCGCAUUUACAUGUCUUUUCUGCACAGUCGGAUUUCUGAAUUCAUUCGGUGUGUUCGAAGACUACUACACGACAGCUCAAUUAGCCCAUGAAUCACAAUCCACAAUUGGAUGGCUUGGAGCGAUGGCCAUUUUCUUCCUGUUCUCGAUAUCCACAGUGUCUGGUGGAAUGUUGGACAUAUUUGGACCGAAGCUCAUGUUAUGGACAGGCUCUGUCGGCAUGGUUUUCGCUGUCAUGAUGAUCUCACUCUGCAAGGAGUUCUAUCAGUUCCUCCUUGCACAGGGUAUUCUUCUUGGCAUCUCCAUGGCUCUAACUACAUGGCCUGCCAUCGCCCUUGUUGGCCAAUACAUUCAGAAGAAGCGCGCCGCUGGCAUGGGAAUCGUUCUUGCCGGGUCCUCACUUGGUGGGAUUAUCUGGCCUGUUGCGAUCGAUCAAUUACUCAAGAAUCCGAGGAUUGGAUUCCCCUGGACCAUGCGGAUUGUGGGAUUCAUUAUGGUUCCACUCCUUCUGUUUUCAUGUAUUGUCUGCAAAUCGCCGCCAAAGGUCCAGGUUCCCUCAGAUUUUGAUCCGGAAUUUACUGCCAGUGCAGUCUCCGGGAAAAAAGUCGAUCACAAAAAAGAGGCGAUUGCCCUUUUCCGAAAGCCAUCGAUGCAGCUUUUAUGCUUGGCAAUGUUUAUCACUUACUUUGGGAUGUUUUCUCCAUUUUUUUAUACGACUUCUUACGCAGUUGAAAAGGGUUUCUCGACAACGCUGGCGUUCUACACUGUGUCCAUUGUCAAUGGAGCCUCGUUCUUCGGCCGGAUCAUUCCAGGAAUGAUAGCUGAUAAAUUUGGGCGAUUUAAUUGCUUGAUUGUCUCGGUUUUAUCAGCGUCGGUUAUUGCAUUUUGUUGGACAGCCGUCGAUUCCGUGCCUGGUUUGGUGAUUUGGUGCGCUGCCUAUGGUUUCGCUUCUGGAGGCAUUCUUUCGCUUCAACAGGCCUGUGCCGCUCAGGUAGCUACUCCUUCUACAUUCGGCCUUGCUAUUGGAGGUGUAGCUGGGUCUACCGCUUUGAGUGCUAUGGCGAAUGUUCCCAUCAGUGGUGCCUUGAUUGAGAAAUAUGGCUAUUUGUCAAUCUCCGUGUUUUCCGGUGCGGCCUUGCUCCUUGGUGGUGGGCUGCUAAUCAUCGCUCGAUUGGCGCAAAGCCGAAAUCUUUCGACGAUCAUUUAA